UGCGUCGAUCUGACCCAGUGUGUGUGUGUGGCUGAGUGGGUGUGUGUGUGCAUGUGUGUGUGUGAGUGUGUGUGCUGACAGCAGCUGGAAGAGGUGAAUUCAUCGGCUUCUCCUGUUUGGAAUAAAUAAAAAAGGCUCCAGGAGCCGGAUAUUCACAUGAAACAGCRAUGCCCUGUGUACAAACCCAGCUUGCAUCUUUGCCCCAUGACAACUAUUUAAGCUCUGAGCUACUGAGUCCAGACUGUGCCAAACUGGUGAUGGAAAUCAGUGGCCAAAAGGACCAGUUUUCUACAUCCUCGCUGCCCAGCAUCAACACCUUGGUGGGAAAUGGCUACAUCGGGGAGUUUGAUGCCUACUCCUGCAGGAUUACCACCUCUCCGUCCACCUCGGCAGUCUCUUUCAGCCACCCUGGAGCAGCUGAGAGCCCCAGCCCACAGAUGCAGAACCAARCCUUUAAAUUAGAUGAUCUCCAGGUGUACGGCUGCUACCCAGGAUCUGUUGCUCUAAGCUGUCUGGACGAAACGCUCUCAUCAUGUGGCUCUGACAACUAUGGAAGCCCUAUCUAUGGCACGGCUUCUCCUCCAACGCCAGGCUUUCAAACUGAGUCUGCACCUGUCUGGGAUUCCCCUUUCAGUCCCUUCCCCCCGGCCCUCCCGUUCUCCAUGGACAAGGCCAGCAUGGCUCAGCAACUCUCAUUUUUUACUGGCAGCUCCGCGCAGGAUCAGUACUCUCCUUUGGGGCAGCAUCAGGAUACUCCAUCUGGUCCAGAUGAUAUUUUUUUCCUGUCACCUCAGCAACACGUGUCCCCACUCCACUGUCCUCCCCUCUCCCUGGACCAUGGAGCCCUGGAAAGCCCCAGCAUAUUUGAGGGGGCCGUGAUGUCUCCUAAAAUCCCAAACUCUGGAUCCAGUGAGGGUCGCUGUGCAGUUUGUGGUGACAAUGCAUCCUGUCAGCACUACGGAGUCCGCACCUGUGAGGGCUGCAAAGGUUUCUUCAAGCGAACUGUCCAGAAAAACGCAAAGUACGUGUGCCUCGCCAAUAAAGACUGUCCAGUAGACAAGAGGAGGAGAAACCGAUGCCAGUUCUGUCGUUUCCAGAAAUGUCUCGCAGUGGGAAUGGUCAAAGAAGUUGUUCGCACAGACAGCCUCAAAGGUCGCAGAGGUCGCCUGCCCUCCAAAUCCAAGACAGUGAAUGAGGCUUCAUCCACAACCUCCAGUGUGAACAUCUUAUCGUCUCUUGUCAGAGCUCAUUUAGACUCUGACCCAGUMAACGAAAAGCUUGACUUCUCCAAGUAUGAGGAGAAGACAGACAAUCUGAAAGAAAAGGAGGACRUUGAUGACAUCCAGCAGUUUUAUGAUCUGCUGACGGGUGCUUUGGAGGUAAUAAGAAACUGGGCUCAAACCAUCCCAGGAUUCACAGACUUCUGCACAGAGGACCAGGAGCUGCUUCUUGAAUCUGCCUUUGUCGAACUCUUCAUCCUUCGCCUGGCAUACAGGUCAAAACCAGAAGAGAACAAGCUGAUCUUCUGUAACGGCGUCGUCCUCCACCGGCAGCAGUGCGUUCACAGUUUCGGAGCCUGGAUCGACUCCAUCAUGGACUUUUCUCAGAGCCUUCAUCGGAUGAACUUAGACACCUCGCUGUAUGCCUGUCUUUCUGCCCUYGUCAUCAUCACAGACCGCCAUGGCCUCAAGGAGCCCAGACGAGUUGAGGACUUUCAAAGCAACCUCAUCACCUGUUUAGGGGAAUACAUGACUGGAAGUGGCUCAGAUCAAAGCCGGACACAGCCCAACUAUAUUUCACGUCUWCUGGGGAAACUCCCCGAGCUGAGGACUCUGUGCACUCAGGGCCGGCAGCGCAUCUUCUACUUGAAAUUGGAGGACCUGGUCCCKCCUCCCCCAAUAGUGGAGAAAAUCUUUAUGGAUACUCUGCCGUUCUGAAGAUGUGUCUCAUUUAACAUGUGUGUUAUCAGUGAACUCUAUGUCCAAUCAACCAUAUACCACAUUGACUUUUGGGGCUAACGUGUCGUUUCAGCCUCCUUCUGAGAAACCAUUAUAUAUUGGUUUCAUUUUAAAGAUUUAACAUUUUAGCACUAUGACAGACUGAUACCGGUGUUCAAGUUGUAUCAGCAUUUCAUGACAUUAUAUUUUCUACAUCUUUUGUGAGGUUUUGUAAAACCACUUUAUYGCUGUGCUGAAUAUGUGAACGUUGYUCUGCUCUGCAGCUUUUAGGAUUUUAAUGGUGAUAAAAAAAAAAACAAUGCAGUGCUCCAAUAAGCUCUGAGAAACACACUAAUUUCUUAAAAAGCCAGACCCAAACACUUCAAGAAGCUAAGCUAGUAGAAUACUCAAAACAUGGAGGCAUAACUACAAAUCUAGUUUGCAAAAURAAACGUGAGGAAGUAUUUUCUCAUGUCUUUCUGUCAUAAAAUAGUUGGAAUCCUGUUUGUGCUCUUGCUGAAGGUCUUGGACCAAAAUUUAACAAAGCUUCAUCUUGGUAUUAUCAGCUACGAACCUUACUGCCUUAAACUAAAGGAGAUUUUCCAGGUAAAACCCUUGUGGAACACCACAAACAAGAACUGCAACAACACAAAUCUUUCUAAAUGAAACACAAAGUGCCUUUUUAAACACCUUAGUCCAUGAACCAUACUAAGUGAGUUUUCAUUCCAGAGACAGAGAGAGCCAUUUCUUACAAUCAUGAACGAGUGGUCAUUAUAGUUWCUUCAGAACCAUGACUUUGGUAAYAUUUGCCUGAAGUGUGUGUUCACUCUGUUGUAGUGAUACGUGCUCUCAAGGCAGUAAAAUCUAAAGUAGAGCUGUCCAUUCUAAGAUUAAAAUAAAUCUAAGCAAUCUGCUCUCGUCUUAACAAUAAGACAGAGUGAAAUUUACGCCACAGUAUAUCUGAGAGUUAAAAUGCAURGACAGAUUUCCUUCUUAUGAGUUCCCAGUAGCACAUCUGUUCUGUGUUUUAAACAUCAUGAAACUUGUCUCCUGUCUUCCCUCGUUUUUUAUUGUGUUGGACAUAUUUGUACUGAAAACUGUUUCUUAAAAGRUAACAGAAAGAUGUGAUAAAAGAUGAGCAGCUAUAAAGAUUUCAAACAGUACAAGGACAAAGUCUUUGUUUUCUUCUCCCGCUGUAAUUGUUGUGCUUUUGGAAACGUGUGCGCACAUUUGAGAGUGCUGCCAAACCUGUUCUUUAAUGGUGCAAAAUGCUAAAAGGCAUCGAAUAAUUUGAUAUUAAAUGUUUUCUUUUCAAACACACCA